AUGUCUUCGCCGACCGAAGAAAGUGUUAGACGAAACAGUGAGAGCGAAGCUGGAGGAGCGGAAACGCCGGAGCACGACCCUCAUUAUGAGCCCAUUGUUUCUUUGCCGUUGGUGGAUAUACAAACUAACGAGGAAGAAGAGGAAGAACUCGUCAAGAUACGCGCCAGGCUUUACAGAUACGACACCGGAGAUCAUGAGUGGAAAGAGAGGGGUACCGGAGAUGUUAAAUUGUUACGUCAUAAAGUAAAUAAUUCAGUGCGAGUUGUAAUGAGACGUGACAAAACUUUAAAAGUUUGUGCUAAUCAUUUUAUCACUCCUGACAUUCGUAUGAAUGUUCACUGUGGUUCCGAUAAAGCUUUCAACUGGUCUGUAUUUGCUGAUUAUGCAGAUGAAACAUGCAAACAGGAGCUACUUGCUAUAAAGUUUGGUAAUCCACAAAAUGCCGAACUGUGGAAAACGAAAUUUGCGGAAGCUCAAGAAAUAGUCAGAACUAAAUGCAGUCUUUAUACACAAGAUCAGUCCUCAGAUGAUGAGAGCAGUAUCACGAGAAGUGAGGAUACAGACACACCGGAGCCUAAAAGUUCAGACAAAACAGAGGAUGAGGCAAAGAAGGACCAAGGUGAAAAUAAAGACUCAGACGGUGUUGUUUUAAAACUAAAAGAACUAAAAGUGGAGAGUGAAUAAUUGAAAUGAUAUUUCUUUCGUAAAUUCCAUUCUUUUUUGUAAAGAUUAUUCUUUAAGAUUUUUAAGAUAAUAUUGCAUUUUUUUGGAAGUGGAAAAACACCACAUAGUAGGUAGUGCUAAAUUUUUAGAAACAGCCAAGUCCUUACAGUAAUUGUAAGUAAUUUUUUGUAGUUUGUUACUACAUUGUAAAGAUGUGUCCUCUUGAGUAAAGACAGCUAUGGAGUGGAGUUUUAUUUCUUAACAUGAAUAAAAAGGCAUAUUGGAAAUUUCUCAUGAAUUAAUAAAUUAUUUACGAAUUUAUUAGGGUCAUACUUUGUUAAAGUAGUAUAUUUUGUUCCACUAUAAUGAAAAAGUGUUAAAACACAUAAUUUUUCUAAACCAUUGAAUUAGCAUCUAUUAUAUAAAUAUAAAGUUACAUUUACAUUUGUGAUUAUUGGAUUUGAUAAUGACAUGAUUCUCAAAUAAUUAUAUUUUAAGAUAUACCACAUUCAACAUUUUUGUAAUACAUUACAUAUCAUUUUA